ACGUUGUGUCGAAAAAGUAUUAGCGAGCAAGUAAUGGAGGAGGGGACACUACACAAUUUGUAACACCCCGUGGGCUAGCAUGUAUAGAUGUAAAUAUAAAACACAAAAAGCCCUUUUGCCACUCGUUCAGCUGAUCGAGUGUGGUGCGAGGGAGCUACAGGCAACAAGCAAGGCAGGGAUGACAUCCACUCCCCCUGGGACACCUGGCCACAGGUCAGGCAGCAAUAGGAAAGUGACUUCACCCAUUCCUAUUGUGAGGAGUACAGGUGCACUUUCCCCUCUUUCUUUGGGCUCCUUCAGCUUCUCAAGCAGCAGGCCCUUCACCCCAUCACCCAUGCCUUCACCACCAUCCUCCCCACCAGCUCCAAGCUCUCCCUCAGGCCUCAUUCAGGCUGCCAAAGAUGCAUUGAUGGAUGCAGUAUCAAAGAGAGACUCUAAGACAAGCUACCUUGCUAUUGAUGAGGACAUGCGAGAUAUGUGUUAUUAUUACACUCAUCUUGGUACUGAUGAACGUUCUGAAUUUUUGAUGUACAUGGCCACAGCAUUGUCCACAGACCAUCAUGUGGUGGAGGAGCUCAUUCAACAGAAACCAAAGGUUGGGGAUAAUGAUGGGGCCAAUGGAGCCCAGCUGCUGCGGUGGGAAGACCGUCUGCGCCAGUCCCUGCAGCCACCCCACCACUGGGUCUUUUCUCAGAUAUCCCGCCUCUCAGGGGGUGUCAAGUUCUUGGUGGAUAUGCGUCAAGAUUUACUCGCAACUUUGUACACCAAGGCUUCAGACCCAACAGCCUCUGUUGUCCUGAAAACUCUAGACACAGUUCUGCGAGAGUUGUUGUCCCUGUGGUUUACUGUUGGUCUUUUAGAAGUUCAGCGUAUUACAUGGGAGUCACCUUGUAAUAUACUGCAGAAGAUCUCAGAAUAUGAAGCCGUUCAUCCAGUCCGCAACUGGACAGAUCUCAAACGAAGAGUUGGCCUCUACCGCCGUUGCUUUACCUUCACCCACUCCUGCAUGCCCAAGGAGCCCCUAGUUGUGCUGCACAUCUUUCUUACCAAUGAAAUCUCAAAUUCAAUGGCCAAGAUCCUCCAGAGUUCAAGAGCAUCAUCAACUGAAAAGGAUAACAAGAAGAAGGAUCAUGAGGACCCAGCUUACAUCAACACUGCAAUAUUCUAUUCCAUAACAUCAACUCAGAAAGGACUCCAGGGCAUUGAACUUGGAAAUUACCUGAUCAAGCGUGUCGUCCAUGAACUCAAAGCAGAAUUUCCAAACAUGACUCAGUUUUCCAGCCUGUCACCAAUACCUGGCUAUGUCAAGUGGCUGAAUGGCAUGAUGGCUCAGGCUCAGAGAGGAGAAGUUACCAUAUUUAUGAAAUCUGAAGAAGAGGAACUAAUGCAGUGUUUGGAAGUGAAAACACCCUCAUCUAUUUAUGAUCGGCUAAAGAAGCUGUUUACAACUAGUGGCUGGGUGGAGGAGACAGAGUUGGUGAAUGCACUGGAGGCCCCCUUGAUGCGGCUCUGUGCAUACUACCUUGUAGUAGAAAAAAGACGAGGCUAUGCUCUUGAUGGCGUAGCAAACUUUCACCUCAAGAAUGGAGCAGUGUUGUGGCGCAUCAACUGGCAGGCAGACCAGUCACACCGGGGCUUGGCCAAUUCCUGCGGCAUCAUGGUUAACUAUAGGUACUUUCUUGAUGAAUGUGAGAGCAAUAGCCGCACCUAUUUGGAGAGCCAGGAGAUCAUUUUAUCAGACUCAGUGAAGUUUCUAGUCAACACAGCUCUUUCAAAGGUUGUGAAGAAGGGUUCAGAGUCCUCAUCUGUUCCUCUGCCACACCCUCGGAGUCCCACGCCUCCUCUCAUCACAGUCACCCCAGACUCUAAAAUAUAAGAUUAUACUGUAUCAGAAAUAUUCUUAUUUUAUGAACUCAGAGGGCUUAAGCCUUGUAUCAAUUCAGUACUAUGUUAGUAAUUUGUGGAGAAUAAAGCACAAGCCAAGCAGAGCAAUUUUUUCAAUAGAGAAAAGUAAAUGUUCAUGGAAAGGAAACUAUUUAAUCUUUUGAACUCUAGAAUAUGAAAUUUGCAAGGGAAAGUGUUGUCUGCAUACUGUUGUUACAUACCAGCAAAGUUAAAAAUAGAAAAAUUAUGUCUGUCUUUGCACUUUGCUUACCAUACCCAACAUAUCAAAUAUUUUUGCCAUAAUCUAGUCAGUAUCAAGCAGCAUUGUAAAGUUGAUCCAGGCUUAAGAAUUUAAUUUGUCUGUACAUGUGCAUGCCCAGUUUUUCAUCUACUGUUCUUAUCUUUCCCUCUGUACCCAAAGCACAAAUUUUGAUCACUGUAAAAUAUUGUCAGUAGAUGCACUUAGAAUUCUUAACUUAAAUAAACCUAAGGCAGAUUAAUAGUAAUAAACAGAUUAAGCAGAGAAAUUAUAUUGUGCAAUACAGAGCAAUCAGGUAAAUUAUUCUGCAAAUAUGAAUCUUAAACAAUGAUAGAAGAAUUUUAUUCAUAGAUUGUGUAGCCUGUUAACAAGCUGAAGAUGUAACUGAUAAAACAGUAACUGUUACGUCAUAUCUUGAAGCACCAUGAUGAAGAUUAAUAAUUGGCAUAUGCACUUAUAUUUCUGAAGUUAUUACAUAAUGUCCAAUUAAUGUGAAGGAGUGUUAUAUAACCAUUAUUAAUCUUUUGUCUUAAGUGUUUGAAAAUAUCAAGAAUAAUGGCAAUAACAGUGUGAGUUAAGAAUGAUGUGUAAUCUGAUGACAGGAAUCAUGAAGGUGCAUUUUCUGUACGUAUAUAUAUAUAUAUAUAUAUAUAUAUAUAUAUAUAUAUAUAUAUAUAUAUAUAUAUAUAUAUAUAUAUAUAUAUAUAUAUAUAUAUAUAUAUAUAUAACCAUUUGUAACUGAAGAUUUAUGUACAUACAUUGUUUUGUUAUACAUUUUCAUAGAUAUAUUAACGAAAUCUAUGAUCAAUAUAUGAUGUAAUAAAGUGUGUGAAGCAAAUGUUCUCUUGAAGAUUACAUCACAAGUCGAAAUUGUGCAUAUGAAACAUUGAACUGGUGUUUACCUACCAAUGCUUUCAUACUUUUACAGAAUCAAGUUAAGCUUGUAACAGUAGAGUCAUAUCUAGUGGUCUCAAACUAUAAGAUGCGAUACGCACCAUAACUUCUUGGCUUCCCGCCAUUCGUCCAGGAAGCAAGGAUCAAGACUAUUUCAAUGGAAAUUAUAUAAUUAUUGCAAGUAACUUUUAUCAAUAAAAUUAUGGGAAAUAUAAUCAAA